ACACACACACACACAGAGUUUUACUUGCAUUAUGUUAUAAUGUCAUGAAUAUAUUGUCACAUACUAUGUCUGUAAUAUAAAACCAUGUUGUGUGUAUGUUUCUCUCAGGAUCUGACCAAUCAGCAGUCAGGAUGAUGCCCAAGCAGCUGGCUCAGACGUCUCCAGGCAGUGUGUUGUCGCUAAGAGGGCCCAGCGUGCCGGGAUCCCCUGCAGCCGCCAUCGUGGCGCGGGUGGAGGACGGCGUGAUCGGCUACAAGGACUUGGCGGCGUUACCGCGGGACAAAGCGAUCCUGGACAUCGAGAGGCCGGAUCUGAUGAUCUACCAGCCGCACUACAGCUACAGCCCCCUUGAGCGCUCCCUGUCUCCUCGCUCCAUCUCUCCUCCUCCCUCCCCAGAGAAGGAGUCCCGGGAGUGGCUGGAGAACCGUUCUCCUGGAGGUUCCUCCUCCGGUUCCACCAUCCAGACCAGCAGAACACACAGCACACACACUCCCCCCACGCCCAACACACCCAACACGCCACACACACACCCGUCUGCCGCCAAGAGCCCGCUGCAGCACUUCCACAGGCCCGAAAACGGCUCCAACAUCUAUAAGAAGCCUCCCAUCUACAAACAAGAUGUGUGUGUGUCCUCUCAGCUCCCUCAGGGGAAACACAUCGAGGAUCUGAUCAUCGAGUCCUCAAAGUUUCCGGCCGCUCAGCCUCCGGACCCGAACCUGCCGUCCAAGAUUGAGACGGACUACUGGCCCUGCCCCCCCUCCCUGGCUGUUAUUGAGAAGGAGUGCAGGAGGAAGGACCAGAGGGAUGAGGAUGAGGAGGAUGGAGAGCUGGAGGACGAGCUGUGGGGACUCAGAGCGAUGCAGAAACAGGAACUCAACAAGAUUCAGUCCAAUCUGGGAAAGAUCAUCCUGAAGGAGGAGCUGGAGAAAUCUGCGGCUCCUCUGAGGAGGAAAACUCGAUCGCUGCCGGACCGCAGCCAGCACGGCUCCAACACGUCCAGGUCUGUGUGUUUCCCGGCGUCCUCUAAGAGCGGCCUGUCCAGGGUCAGUCUGCUGAGACAUCGUCCAAUCACAGCGCAGCUUACUGACAAGUGCUGAGAUAAACGUGUGUGUGUUUGUUUUCAGCUGCAGUCGGCAGAGUUCAGCUCCACCGAGAAAACUGCUGCAGAUCUUCAGAAUGGAGACUCCAGGAUGGACAGAGGAAACUCUCUCCCCAGCAUGUUGGAUCAGAAGAUCUGCCCCUACGAGGUGCUGGUGGUGACCCACCGAGGACGCAGCAAACUUCCCCCCGGAGUGGACAGAACCAGACUGGAGCGCCACCUCUCUCAGGAGGAGUUCUUCAGCGUGUUCGGGAUGUCCAUUGAGGAGUUCGACUGCCUCUCCCUCUGGAAGAGAAACGACCUGAAGAAGAAGGUCUGUCUCUUCUGACAGCGCUGGGACCACAUCUCCCACAAUCCCCCCUGCUCUUCCUGGACCGCUGCAGGAUCCUGAAACCACAUGGACUCAUUACUAUCACCGCCACCGCCGCCGCCAUCAUCGCCACAGACAGACGCUCAGCGAGCUGCCAGGUUUGAUUCACAGACACAGAACGCCACGAGCUGCAGAACGUCAAGAGCUGCAGAACGUCACAAACUGCAGAACGUCAAGAGCUGCGUCUAACCAGCCGCCAGCUCACCAAGUAUUUUAUCUUAGUGUGGGCAAUAUGAGUAAAACUUUAUCAUGAUAUCAGUAUACACAAAUAUCAUGAUGUCAUACAUUUCCAGAAAAAUCCAGAAUUAUGUAUGGAUGAUAUAAUCAGACAGAAAUGUCUCGUUUUUUUAGAGAUAUUAAAGGGUACAAAUAAUUUAGUUUUAACGGUAUGCAGCAAAUUCUUUCUCAUUAAUCUAAAAGCUUCUAACUGUGAAAAACAGCAGCUGAAUUAUGGACGAGUUGCACUGAAGCUAGGCUGUUUGGUGGAAUUCUGGGAAAUGUAGUUGAUUCUUCUGUUGAUGUCACUGGAGUUGCUCCGGACUACAGAAGGUUUUAUGUUAAAGCCUCUAAUUUUAGUAUUAAAAUAUUCCCAUUUAGAUUAAACAUUAAAGUUCACAACACUUGUAGGCAUCAGACUGAAGCUGCAGCUUGAAGCUGCAGACUGUAGCUUGAUGUUUCUUUCAUCAGACUGCAGUAAAUAUUUUAUACUCGAGCUGCAGAACAAACAUUCCUGCUGACUCUGAAUCAGGUCUGAGCUCUUUGCUGAUGGAGGAACAGACCUGUCAGCAGCCUUUCUAAAAGGAUCCUUCCUAUUGGCUUAGCCAGCUAUGAUGUCAUAGUGACAGCCUUUCUCUCCCAGCACCUGAAAAAGAAAAAACAAGGAGACAGUUUGAUCAGCCUGAAGUUUAACAUCUCUAUAUUCAUCGUGUCGCUAAUGAAAAGGGGACUUCAACUUCUACUAAAUGCAUUUUUAUUUUAUUGAUUUAUUGUAAUAUUGUAUUAUUUAAAGUGCCGACUUUUACCAGAAAGAUUUUUGUUCUGCUUUACUUUACAACUUCAGGAUUUUAUUCAAAUUAUAUUUUAAUUUAAUUCAGCAGUUUGGCAGGAAAACCCUUCAAAUUUAAAUUGAAGUAAAAUUUUACAUCUGUGGUGCCCAGUAUAGAUUACCAUUCAUGUCAAUAUUUAAUAAUAAUAUUAUAAUAAAAAAUAAAAAAAUGCAUAUGAGGCGAGCUAGUAGCAUUGGUCUAAAUCUGUAAAAUAACGAUGCACAAUUAACUUAAAUAUAAAAAAAGAAAAAUAUAUUGAGACAUUUUUUAAAUAUAUAAAAAUAUAUUAAACUAUAUUGAUUCUCUAUAUAUUUAUAUUUACAUAUAUUUAAAUAUUUAUAAUUAUUUAAUAUAUAUUUGAUGAUUAUUUAUUAUGAAUGAAGACUUGUAUUAUAGCCAAAUGUAUUUAUUAAUUUAAUAUUGACUUGAACUUAAUUCCAUAGCCAUCAUGCUGAUGUUUAGCAGCAUGCUAACAUUUGCUAAAUUAUCUGAGAGAGCAUAGAAUGAUGUCAUGAGUUCUGCAGGUUUUUGGUCAUAAACCAAAGAAUUAACUUCAUAUCAGAGAGCAGCAAGUCAAACUUCAGACUGUCUCCUCCUUGUUUUUCCUUUUAAAUACAGCGAAAUCCACUGCCCUGUUUAAUCUCAGCACACACACACACACACACACACACACACACACACACACUCUGCAGUGUAGAAGAACAAUAAUGAAGCCAGGGACUCAGAGUGUCUCUGGUUUGUCCAAUAAGCAGGUUGUAGACAUUUAGUGUUGCUUAGUGACCAAAUGAUGUGCAGCUAUUUUUUAAUACUACAUAGAGAAGCGGCAUGUUUGUUAUUAAACUCUAAAUGAAAUGUAAAACCAGUGAAACAAAAAGUGAAUUAUAUCAGAACAUGAAUGUUGAAGAUGGACUUUUUACUGGACGUUUUCUGAGGAAUGAACCGGAGGACAUCUUUCAUCUCAGCCAGACGGGGAAUGAACUGAGCAUCUGUCAUUAACACAGACACUCCAGAACAUAUUUAUAGUUAUAUAUAUAUAUACAUACAUACAUACAUACAUUAAUGAAAAAUAUCCAUCAGCAUCAUAUCUGAUGUCCACAGACAUGGAGGAAUUAUCUUCUUUAGCACCUUUAACUGAUCAAAGCGUCACAGGUGUUGAUUUUAAACUGAAACUUGAUCUGAAUGGAUGAUUUAAAGGUGCAACGUGUUAGCUUUUAUGUUUAAUAAAUCAGAUUAUAACAGAUUCAUAGUUUCAUAUAAAUUAGAUGAUUGCCCCGCUGAAGAGGAUAUAAACAUUUUUAAAUAGUUUUUUUAAAUUUUUCUCCCGUUAUGAUGAGUCUUUUAGGUCCAUGUGAGCCAGGAUGAUCCUGCGAGGAUAAAUGUUUUAUUGGCAUUUUGUCUCAGAUUACAGCUGGUUUUCACAUUUCCUGCAGAACCGUUGUGACCUGUAACACAUCUGACAUCUGUCCUUGUUUGUGGCAUUUUAGCUCAUGUUUAUAUAAAAAUUACACCUGAAAAGUUGAGCGGAGAUCUCCUCCUGGCAUUAAGAAUCUCCUGCACAGCUCCGAGCACCAGCCUCUAUUGAGAAAACCAUCAUUUUAACAGCAGUGUUCUUGUGUUCUUCUUGUGACAGACCUGACAAAGCAUCAAUUCAGAGUGUUUCCACAUCAGCAUCAUGUUGGGCUUAUUUCAGCAUCCUUUAGAUCUGUUUAUUCACAUUAAAUCACUGAUAAAUCUCUUUAUUUUGGCUUCAGACUGAUGUAUUUGUGCUCCUGCAGAAGUAGUGAAGUGAGAGUGUAAAGUAGGAUAAUUUGGAAAUACUCAAGUAAAGAACAUCAAAAUUGUACUUAAGUACUUAAAGUAAAUGUGGCAGUGGAUUUAUCCGUCACAUUUAUGAAAUCAACAGCUUAUAUGUUAUUCUGAAUAUAUUCAGGAACAUUUCAGAGUCGACAGAUGGUUUUCAUGCAUUUACAGUCUUUAUUUUUUUUGUUUUAAAGUGAUUUAUUGAAGGUAAAAUGAGACUCGCAGCACCUUUAAAUGGUCAGUUUGUGACGUUCAAGGACUGCUCUGUAGAGUCGGUAAGAACGGAUUCACUCUCACUGCAAAAACGCCAAAAUCACAGCAUCUCACCACGCCACGUCUGCCUCGCCACCACGCUUCCUGUAUCUGUUUAGAAAAAUAAAAGACUGGUGAAAAAACAACAAAAAGAAAAACAGUGGAUGGAGAUGAGUGAGCUGGAGUGAGCGAGCAUUGGUCACUUUACGUUGAUGAUUUCCUUUGUUUUUUUUCUUUCUCUUUGUUUUUGAGGAAUGAUUCUGACACCUUUUGAUGAUACUGAGAGGAUUUACGCUUUGUUCUGACUGGUUGUGUGUAGUUAGAAACAGGAAGUGGGUUGCUGUGACUAACACCAUGAUGACACAAAGAUUGUUACAUGUUUUCAUUUGUUUUUGUACAUUUUAAAGUGUUUUUUCUUUAUUUUUUAUUGGAUUAUUUUGACACGCAGGGCAACUUCGUGGACGCUUUGUGUCACCGCCAAUGUUUGGGAUGUUCAACUGCUGCAUGCGUGAUGUCAUGAUGAUGAUGUCAUGAUGAUGAUGUCAUAUUUUUAAUUAACCUUUAAUGAAGUACAUUUAUAUAAUGAGACUGGUAGGCUGAAGGUUCCUGGUUCAGAGGCACAACGGGAUUUACUCUAGACCCUCAGAGUGAGGUCACGGCAAGGUGACACUGAGGUCAGAGGUUAGAGUGAGGUCAGAGGGUAGACUGAGGUCAAACUAAGGUCUGAGGUCAGAGGUCGUUGGCGGUGACCCACCCGUCCGAGGCCGCCCUGCUGCUGUACAUACUGAACCACUGAAUGACAAUAUAAUUAUUGUUGUUGUUGUUUUCAUAACUGGAUGCAGGUGAUGUAACGAUGAAUGGUGAUGUGAAUGAUUAACAAGAGUUACAAUAAAGAGCAUUUCUAUUUGCUUUGAGGAAACUUGA